AUUCAUUGCCUGUGCUCCAGCCGCCACCUCCCAGACACUUAUCAGCUGUAUCAGGCAGAUGUGACGCUGCAGGGCUCCAAUUGGCCAGGAGAGAGAUAGGAUCUGUGUGGCCAUGAAAUUAAGGAAGCAGAGGCUGAGAAUGGGAACAGUGUGAAAGAGCUACUCCCCACAGAGGCAGCCAGUCUGCUGCUCCAGCCAAUCUCCUGGCCACUGUCAGAGCUCCAACCUAGACUCUUCCACAUUUUGUGACUAACAACCAGGGAAAGCAUCAGCCCAUGGAAGUGGAUCUCCGUUCUUGAACGAAUAAUGCAGAUAUGUGCCCAUAGGAGCACCCUAAUUCCCUGCUCAGUUUCAGCCCAAAUAGUCUUUGUACGUCGGGGCUUUUCUUGCCUGCUCUUCUCUCCCUACUUGUUGCUCUGAUCUGUGUUACCAGCAUGGAAUACACACCCUCUCCCAAACCCCAGCUCUCCUCUAGGGCUAACGCCUUCUCCAUAGCUGCUUUAAUGUCAAGUGGGACACCCAAGGACAAAGAGACACAGGAGAGCACCAUCAAACCACUGGAACAAUUUGUGGAGAAGUCAUCUUGCAGUCAGCCCCUGGGUGACAUUUCCAUUGUGGAUUCCCAUGGGGAGUUUACUAAUAGCCCUUCAUCCCUGUGUACUGAGCCUUUAAUCCCAACCACACCAGUCAUCCCCAGUGAAGAGAUGGCAAAGAUCUCUUGCAGUCUAGAAACCAAGGAGCUAUGGGACAAAUUCCAUGACCUGGGGACAGAAAUGAUCAUCACAAAGUCUGGCAGGAGAAUGUUUCCUACAAUCCGAGUUUCCUUUUCUGGAGUGGAUGCAGAUGCCAAGUAUAUUGUCUUAAUGGACAUUGUUCCAGUUGACAAUAAAAGAUACAGAUAUGCAUAUCACAGAUCUUCAUGGUUGGUGGCUGGAAAAGCAGACCCUCCCUUACCUGCCAGGCUGUAUGUUCAUCCUGACUCUCCAUUUACUGGGGAGCAACUUCUGAAACAAAUGGUGUCUUUUGAAAAAGUCAAGCUGACAAACAAUGAGCUGGAUCAGCAUGGACAUAUUAUCCUAAAUUCAAUGCACAAGUAUCAACCGCGAGUUCACAUUAUUAAGAAAAAAGACCACACAGCAUCAUUGUUGAAUCUUAAAUCUGAAGAGUUCAGGACAUUUAUAUUCCAGGAAACAGUUUUUACUGCAGUUACAGCCUAUCAGAACCAACUGAUAACCAAACUGAAAAUUGAUAGCAACCCCUUUGCGAAAGGAUUCAGAGACUCUUCUAGACUCACUGAUAUUGAGAGAGAAAGUGUGGAAAGCCUCAUUCAAAAACAUUCUUAUGCAAGAUCCCCAAUCCGAACUUAUGGAGAUGAGGAUGUCCUUGGGGAAGAUGGGCAAACAAUGCAGAGCAGAGGAUCAGCUUUCACGACUUCAGAAAACCUGUCUCUAAGUUCUUGGGUAUCCUCCACUUCAGGGUUUUCUGGGUUUCAGCACCCACAGUCAUUGACAGCACUGGGAACCAGCACAGCAUCUCUCGCCACACCAAUCCCACAUCCGAUUCAGGGGACACUGCCUCCCUAUAGUCGACUUGGCAUGCCAAUUACACCUUCAGCACUUGCAAGCUCCAUGCAAGGCAGUGGGCCUACAUUCCCUUCCUUCCAUAUGCCCAGGUACCAUCAUUACUUUCAGCAGGGGCCAUAUGCUGCUAUUCAAGGAUUGCGACACUCAUCUGCAGUAAUGACACCAUUUGUAUGACAUAUGGAAAGAAAAGCAGAUGCACUCUGAUAUACAAAAGACUGUAUUUUCUUUCUUGUGAGGGAGCCACUGGAGAGCACUCUUGUGAGGUAGCAAAAUGGGGGAAAAUAAAUGAUGAAAUUCUUGUUUAAUGGCUAAUCCACAUUAGUCACAAAGCAAACAUUGCAUGUAUCUAAUGUAUAACCAUAAUGCCUACAGCAAGAUUGCCUUUUUUCCUAAAAGAAGAACUUUAAAGCCAUUAAUUCUCUUAAGUGUCAUGGAAGUUUUUUAGCAAAUAAUCUUUUUUAAUAUAUAUAUUUAAUGCUUAUGGCAUUGAAUGGUGUAAAGCAUCACAUUUUUGGAACUUGAGUUAUAAUUAUC